UGUAUCAACCUUGGUUGAAAAAUAGUUCAUUUCAAUUAUUGUUCUUUCCUAUGCUUGUCUCCUGGAGAAGAGAGGAUCUGGGCAUUGUCAGAGCUGAUUAGAUGGAAGUAACAGAAAUAACAGAAAUAAAACUUCGUGCCAGCCUUAUCUAACUGAACUUGAACUGUUUUGCGGUGGAUGUAACACAAAAUCUUCAUGUCUAGAUUUUGAACUGGUUCAAAGUCCAUUGAUUGCAAAAGAGCAAUUGUCCUGGACUAACUGUUUAUCAUGGCCUGCGUCCAGGAGAAGGACACUGGCCAGUGGCUGACUAAAAAGCUGACAGCCGACUCGACCUGGGAUGCGCAAUCCAUUUCGGCGUUCCUCAAUCAGAAACAGCUGGAGAAUGUGGUGCAGUGUUUUGAGAAAUUGAGCACCAUCCUAAAACUGAAGGUAAUGCUGUCUCUGCUGUACGUUCCCGCGCGGAACCUUGUUGAAGGGCAGGCACAUGUCGACUCGCUCAUUGCGCUGGGCCGAGGCGAUGAAGAUGCAUGGGUGCGCUUGGUGGCUGACAUCAUGCAGCCAUUGUCAGUGCAUGGCACACUCAACUGCAUCAAUCUGUCUAGCACACAACCAGCACACGCAGCCAUGAUCAAGCAAAUCAAGGAUGCAUUGAAAGAAACGAAGCAUUCAGAGCUCUUUCCGCGUGAAGCAUCGUAUCUCAAUACCACCGCUCUGAGUGCGGUGGCUGGCUCGCGGCAGCCUGUUGCCGAUCAUUUCGCGUUGCGCCGAUCGAGCAAGGCCGGAUCGUCUAAGCACGAUAUUUUGCAGAAAGCUCAAGAUGUACUGCGGAAGAAUGCUAACUCUUCUCAUCGGAGAGAGAACCUUGUUGCUCCUCAACUCGGCAAGUUUCGCAAUAGUACUGAUGCCGUCCCACUGCGAACACCGACCAUUCCGAUGGCACCAUCUGGUGUGUCGCGGUCCACGCCGUCUUCAGGCCGAUCACAACUGCCCUCCAACUACACAUCGAAGUCAAAACCAGCCCGCACCACACAGCUACUGGACAUCGCAAUGCCUAUGAGCAGGAAGCGAGGUCGUGAUAAAGCGGAUACUGAAGCAGAUGAGUCCAAGUCUAAGAAAGAAAAACCAGAUCCAAGCUUGCCAAAGGCGGGUCGAAGGAAAUCGUCGACAAAGGAUGCUGGCAAGAAGAAGGACACUGCCGGUGCACCCACAGCUACAACUCCUACCACCCCGUCAGCUGCUCCAACACCGACAGAAGGUGCAGGCGCGCCAUCGCUGUCAUCUCCUAACGGCCUAUCUAGUGUGAAUCCCAUGCCAGACUACGCUAAAGGUCUGACGCAAGCCAGUGAUGCGGUAUCGUCUGAACCACCGCUGACUUCACCUCCCCCGGGUUCCGCCACUCCACCUAUUACUCAGCUGAACGUUGAUGUAACUUCACCAGUGAAGAUCUCAAUGGCGCCAUCAUACCGGCCUUCUCUCGGCCAGGACAACGAUGCUGAAGAGGAAGAAGAACAUGAGGAAGGGGAGGCAGAAGAGGUUUUCCACACUAACAAUGUCAAGAAGCAGCCUAGUUCCACCGCCCCACUGCAUGCUUCUCCUGCAGCUGCGGCGAACCUGACGAAAACACCACGGAAAUCGUUGGGUUCAUCGCGCACUGUACCGUUUAGCCGCACGCCGGCAACGCCGCCAGUGGCCAAGAAGUCCGAGAGCUUGGCAUCGCUUCGAUCCCCUGCCAAGACUCCGUCGUCAACCGUGCCUGCUGCCAUCACGGCAACAACGGCUCAACUGUCGUCUCCCGUUGUGCCAGUUUUGCCUCCUCUGUCAAGUACAGCGGAUGCAGCUACGCUAGCAAAUCUAUCCCAAGCGACACGCCUUCCUCAGACGGAUAUUCUCCGUGCAAUCCAAGAUCAGAAAGACCGGCACGAUCAAUCUCCUAUGGCGUCCAGUUUUAUUACACAGGCCCUGCUGAAAAAGUCGCAGAAAUCGCCUCAAAAGGAUAACUCAGCAGCUACAGCAACUGUUUCGCAUCUCCAACAGCUUCGACAACAGCAACAACUGCAAUCACAGCUAGAGAAACAACAGCUCGAACAAAAGCCACAGCAGCAGCAGACACCACCACAGCAGCAGACACCGCCGCCUUUGCGGCAGACACCGAAGCAGCAGCCACAACAGCAGCAGCAGCAACUACAACAACAACAACACCAACAACAACAACAACUGCAGCAGCAACAUCAACAACAACAACAGCAGCAGCAGCAGACUCAACAGCAGCAGAAACAGCAGCAGGCUCUGAUAGCACAGCGACAGUAUCUACAAGCUAUUCAACGCCAGGCGCAUCUGUCCAGACAGGAUCAGCAGUUACCUGCUGCUAAUGCUCCUACCACCGCAGCAGCAGCCACUGCUGUGCCUGGAAAACUUCUUAUCCCAGGAAGCGCCACAGCGUCUGCCCCGAAUGUUAGUGUAGAGCUACUCCGGCAGCAUAAUCAACUUCUGCAGCACCUUCAAAGUGUUGGUACACCACAGCAGGUUGCGGCGUUAACUGCUGCCAUCGUGAAGCACCAGCACCAGCAGCGACAACAGCAGCAACAGCAACCGCAACAACAACUCCAGCAACCGCAAAGCCAACCGGCUUUGGCAUCCCCUACGCCCUCUAGUGCUCCUGCACCUGCUGCUCAAGCUGUUGCAGUAACUACCAAGCAAAGCCAAGCCAAGAAGUCUUUGACACUGACGACGGAUCAAGCACGACAAGCCCGUGAGAUGUUCAAUAGUGCUAAUCGAGUCACCCCGGUAGAGAAACAACACAUCCUGGAGUUCAUGGCUGGCAGUCGAGAAAACCCCUACCCAGCGCGUGGUGAUAAACAACUUAUUGUGCUCAGCCAGGCGGAUCAAGUUGAGGUCAUUGACGGCCAGAAGACGCUCCUUUCCGUGGAGAUUGUCUUUGAGCUGAACUACUCGACUGGUCAAUGGAGACGAUUGCAACGCAAGAAAGUUGUUCCGCAUGGAAUGACAGCAGCAUCGGCGGCAGCGGCGGUGGCAACAACAGCAGGUGUGCUCUCUUCUGCACAGGCUCCUCCUGCCAAAAAGUGAAGAGACUGCCACAGCUUGGGUCCUACUUCGCAUCUUAACGACCCAUCAUUGAAACUUCUGCGCAGUAUUCUGCCAUGGAAUUAUUGAGACUUGGGAAGCUCCCUGCUGCGGCCUUCAUUCAUCCUAGGUGGACUUGUUAUAGAACACCGCCAUUGUGUUUGCUAUGGCCCACAUGUCCCAGGUAGGAUUUUACUUCCUUCUCUGUUGUUGUUGUUGUUGUUGUUGUUGUUGUUGUUGUUGUUGUUGUUGUUGUUGUUGUUGUUGUUGUUGUUGUUGUUGUUGUUGUUGUUGUUGUUGUUGUUGUUGUUGUUGUUGUUGUUGUUUUUUACUGCCUGGCAUCUUACUAACCUUACUACAUGUUUCUUACCCCCCCCCCUGCUUUUAAUGUUUUUAUCCGUCCUGGGUUUUUCGACACUUUUCGUUCAUCGUCCUUAGUCAAUGUGUUGUGCCAAUGUGCUCCCCGGCCUCGCUCUGUGUCUUAUCACUACUAUACUACUACUGUAGUACUUUAUCUUUCCAUAGAAGUUGACGUUGUGUCUGCACUGCGUGUGCCGGUGCUUGGACACCCUUUCUUUGCUGAAGCAACUCAGUUAUUGAGUGAAGUUGCUGUUGCUGCUCUACUACACUGCUGUUAGUGUCCAUGGAUGUUAGUGUCCAUGGAUGUUAGUUUGCCUUCGGGUCAAGUGGCCGGCCACUAUUAACUAUUGCUGAAAUUGCGGUAUUGCUGGCAGUUCGAUAGUGAAACUGCAAAGUUUCUUUGAGUCCUUUUUGUCUGGCUGUUGAUUUCCAUCUCAUAGUCUAGUAUGCUAUUUUUUAUUCUGCCCGCCAACCUGAUUAUAACACCUUUUUUUAACCAUCCCUGUUCGUAUGUAUGACUACUAGUCUAGUACAGUGUACUUGCCUUGCACACUUUA